GCUGAAUCUCAAUCGAUACACUUCAACUUAUUUCCGUGCCAUCUUAUCCCUUUCGCGAGGUUGUCAUCAUCAUAAGCAUCAUCAAUUCUUACCCUCCAUCACGGCUGGACCCACUGUCAUAUGCUUUGACAGAUCGACCCCUCAAUUCCAUUGCGACAGCUUUGUGAUUGUCACACUUUAUCGAGUGGCCUAUCUGUUCUUGUAACCGCUGUUGAACCUAAUUACCCCCAUUUUCCAAUCGAAGUAGCCAUCGCCAAUUGAGCUGGCUCAAACCCUGUACGGGUUGCUCACACGAGACCUCCCUUCCCGGACGACGAACACGGCCUCGCAGGCCGGGAUGCCGUGUUAGCAAUGGAUCCUAAUCUUCUUAACUUUUUCGCGGUGCCCAACAACCAGACGCUGAACCACGUGGAUCAGAACAACGACACAUCUCAACAGCAACAUGAACCUUCGCCAUGGAGACCGACAGGCUUAGAGGGUGACAUGGGAGCAUCUGGCAAUCAGGGGGGACCGUCCUACGAUUACCAGUCAACUGCAGCCUCUGAUAUGUCAUUCACCCAGGCUCCGAUGCCGUCACCAUAUACCAGCUCAAACAAGACCAUACUACCUACUCGAGGACCCCCACGGGGCAAUCAACAACGGAAGCGAGAUGCCCAUGAAAGGAAGCGCACAAAGGUUGAUACCGAUUCUGCGCUGGAAUCUUUGGACUACUGGAUCCGUUUUGACGACGAGGAAAAUGAAAGGACAGGAAGUUAUGAAAUUGACUUUUCGAAACGUUUCGAUCCCAUGACCAAUAACACUAAUACUCAUUACCGACCGGGUUACGGAGGAAGCUCAACGACACCAGGACUUGGCACUGGCAUAUAUGCAACUGCUCCUCCAUUUCAGGGUGCCGAAUACUUUGAUGACAAUGCUUUAGACAAUGCUCUAUCUGAUGAUGAAGAAGAAGGACUUGACUCGAUGAGUCUGGAGGAACAUCUAUCAAAAAUCGAGACUAUGCCGCCUCCAGAGGUACCUCCUCGAGAAGGCCUGUACUCGACACCGCUCAGUUGGGAAAAGCCAGAGCCGGGUCUACGCAUGGAACCAGACUUUGGGCUAGGCAAUACUGCAACAGCCAUGAACGCGGGGUUCGGGCAGACCAUGUCGGGUAUGGGCAAUAAUCAGGUUUUGAGCAACGAUGAGCAGAGGAGACUUCUUGCUAUCGCGAUGAAUACUGGUCGGACACCAGCCAGCUACAUGCCCGCGAGUGGAUUUGGUUUAGGAUUUGGAGCUGGUCUUGGUACAGGACUCCCACCCGAGUUUAAUAGCAGCAUCGACUCUCUGUUGGGAACACCAACAGGGGACCGCAGCCAAAAACAAACGCCUACGCCAGCCAAUAGCUCGAAGGCUCCAUCGAGGAACCAAGACGUCAAGACAGAGGCAUCGAGCGAGACAGGUUUGAGUUCUGCUAGGCCAGGACUUUCGCGCACCAACACCGCUACAUCCGAUAUAAAGGGCAAAGAUAAACUCAAACCAGGAGACCGAACAGCCCAUAAUGAUAUUGAGCGAAAGUAUCGAACAAAUCUUAAGGACAAGAUCGCCGAGCUUCGCGAUGCUGUACCUGCCCUCCAUUCGAUACCAGAAGACGGAAUUGAAGAGGGUGAAAACUCACAGCGAGCGCCCAAAGUGAGCAAGGGCACUGUUUUAACAAAGGCGACCGAAUAUAUUCAGUACUUAGAAAGGCGCAAUCGGUCCAUCAUGAAGGAACAUCAAGAGUUAGCCAGGCGUCUACAGGCAUUUGAGCAGCUUCUCAGUGCCUCGGCUCGACAGCCGUUCUUGAUGCCGAACCACAGCCGGACACUCUUCGAUCCAAGAGGUUUCUGCUAGAAUAGACAUGAUUUUGUCCCAAGGACUCUUGGGAUUGUGUAUAAAUAUACCCCAGAGAUGAAUCGCGCAGCAUACACUGCUCAUCCUAAUUAUGCAUCAUUCAUU